GCUCGCUUUCUUUCUCUCCCAGCACAGAGAAGAAAACACAACAAAACAAAAAAGAAUCAAGCCAAACCAGCUUUAUUACGGACCGCCAUCAGAAUUCACAAGCUUUCUUACAUUUUUUUUGAAAAAAGUCACAAGCUUUCACUUUGAUCGGCGUCGAAUUUUCAUGGGGUAUUGGAAUUUACCCCCUUUUUUUUUUAUAUAAUUUUUCAGCGAAUAUAGGACUAACCCAGUGAGAAUUGAGUCAAACGGGGAGGACCCAAGUCAGCAGAAAUGGCGUCCGGCGGUCAGUCGUCGGGCACCAGCAAUAUCAAAGCUCACCACAACACGGAGUCUAUGAGCAAAGCCAUUGCUCAGUACACCGUCGAUGCUCGGCUGCACACGGUGUUCGAGCAGUCCGGCGAGUCCGGCAAGUCGUUCGACUACUCGCAGAGCAUGAAAACCACCAAAGAUUCGGUUCCGGAGCAGCAGAUUACGGCGUACCUGUCCAGGAUUCAGAGGGGCGGCCAUGUCCAACCGUUCGGGUGCAUGAUGGCUGUGGACGAAGCCACGUUUGGAGUCAUUGCGUACAGCGAGAACGGCCGUGACAUGCUCGACCUAACGCCGCAAUCAGUUCCUAUCCUUGAGAAGCCGGAGAUUCUCACAAUUGGGACCGACAUCCGUACGCUGUUCACGCCGUCGAGCGCGGUUUUGCUGGAGAAGGCAUUUGGCGCUCGGGAGAUUACGCUUUUGAACCCGAUUUGGAUCCACUCCAAGAUUUCUGGAAAGCCCUUCUAUGCAAUUUUGCAUAGGAUUGAUGUUGGGGUCGUGAUUGAUUUGGAGCCUGCAAGAACAGAGGACCCUGCGCUGUCGAUUGCCGGCGCGGUGCAGUCGCAGAAGCUGGCGGUGAGGGCGAUCUCGCAGCUGCAGUCACUGCCAGGCGGUGACAUUAAGCUUUUGUGUGAUACUGUGGUGGAGAGUGUGAGGGAGCUUACUGAUUAUGAUAGAGUUAUGGUUUAUAAGUUUCAUGAGGAUGAGCAUGGUGAGGUUGUGGCUGAGAGCAAAAGGCCUGACUUGGAGCCGUACAUUGGGCUGCACUACCCGGCCACGGAUAUUCCACAGGCGUCAAGGUUCUUGUUCAGGCAGAACCGGGUUCGAAUGAUAGUAGAUUGUCACGCCAAUCCGGUUAAUGUGAUUCAGGAUGAAGGGUUGAUGCAGCCUUUGUGCUUGGUCGGAUCCACACUAAGAGCCCCUCAUGGUUGCCAUUCCCAGUACAUGGCUAAUAUGGGGUCCAUUGCGUCAUUGGCGUUGGCCGUAAUCAUCAAUGGAACUGAUGAGGAAGCUCUUGGAGGGAGGAAUUCAAUGAGAUUAUGGGGCCUGGUUGUUUGCCAUCACACCUCCGCUCGGUAUAUUCCAUUUCCGCUUCGGUAUGCUUGUGAGUUUUUAAUGCAGGCCUUUGGACUUCAGUUAAAUAUGGAAUUGCAAUUGGCUUCACAAAUGUCUGAGAAACAUGUUUUAAGGACGCAGACUCUGUUGUGUGACAUGCUUCUGCGUGACUCCCCGACUGGCAUUGUCACUCAAAGUCCUAGUAUCAUGGACCUUGUUAAGUGUGAUGGUGCUGCACUCUACUACCAAGGGAGGUACUACCCGCUUGGUGUGACGCCUACCGAAGCCCAGAUAAAGGACAUUGUGGAAUGGUUGUUGGCUUUCCAUGGAAGUUCAACUGGUUUGAGCACAGAUAGUUUGGGUGAUGCCGGGUACCCUGGAGCUGCCUCUCUUGGUGAUGCAGUUUGUGGGAUGGCGGCUGCUUAUAGUACUAAAAGGGAUUUUCUGUUCUGGUUUCGAUCCCACACUGGGAAAGAGAUCAAAUGGGGUGGAGCAAAGCAUCAUCCAGAGGACAAGGAUGAUGGGCAGAGGAUGCAUCCACGCUCUUCAUUCAAGGCGUUUCUGGAAGUAGUUAAAAGCCGGAGUUUGCCAUGGGAGAAUGCAGAAAUGGAUGCAAUACACUCUUUGCAGAUUAUUUUGCGUGACUCGUUUAAGGACACGGAGACAAACCAUUCAAAAGCUGUUAUGCAGACCCAGCUUGGUGAUCUGGAGUUCCAAGGGAUCAAUGAGCUCAGCUCUGUAGCAAGAGAAAUGGUUAGGUUGAUAGAGACUGCAACUGCUCCCAUAUUUGCUGUCGAUAUUAAUGGCUGUAUAAAUGGGUGGAAUGCAAAGGUUGCAGAGUUGACCAGACUCUCAGUUGAGGAAGCUACCGGGAAGUCUUUGGUUCAUGAUCUCGUUUACAAAGAAUCUGAAGAAAUUGUUGACAAACUUCUGUCCCGCGCGUUAAAAGGUGAAGAAGAUAAGAAUGUGGAAAUCAAAAUGAGGACAUUUGGCCCAGAGCAUGAUAACAAGCCUGUUUUUGUUGUGGUUAAUGCUUGCACUAGCAAGGAUUACGCUAAUAACAUAGUUGGAGUUUGCUUUGUUGGUCAGGAUGUUACUGGUCAAAAAGUAGUAAUGGACAAAUUCAUAAAAAUACAAGGUGAUUACAAGGCCAUUGUUCAUAGCCCCAAUCCUUUGAUCCCACCCAUAUUCGCUUCAGAUGAUAACACCUGUUGCUCGGAAUGGAACACUGCCAUGGCAAAGCUCACUGGGUGGAGCCACGGAGAAAUCCUUGGAAAAAUGUUGGUUGGAGAGGUCUUCGGCAGUUGCUGUCGUAUCAAGGGUCCAGAUGCUAUGACAAAAUUCAUGAUUGUCUUGCACAAUGCCAUCGAAGGGCUAGACACAGAUAAAUUCCCCUUUUCAUUCUUUGACCGGAAUGGGAAAUAUGUACAAGCUCUCUUGACAGCAAAUAAGAGGGUGAAUACAGAAGGUCAGGUUAUUGGAGCUUUCUGCUUUUUGCAGAUUGCUAGUCCAGAACUGCAUCAGGCUCUUAAUGUUCAGAGGCAACAGGAAAAGGAAUGUUUAUCUAGGAUGAAAGAAUUGGCUUACAUUUGCCAGGAAGUAAAAAAUCCUUUAAGCGGUAUACGUUUUACUAACUCACUUUUGGAGGCUACAGACUUAACUGAAGAUCAAAGGCAGUUUCUGGAGACUAGUGCUGCUUGUGAGAAGCAAAUUUUGAAGAUUAUAAAAGAUGUAGAUCUGGAUAGUAUUGACAAUGGAUCACUGCAGCUUGAGAAGGCAGAAUUCUUACUUGGGGGUGUCAUAAAUGCUGUUGUUAGCCAAGUAAUGUUAUUGAUGAGAGAAAGAGAUCUACAGUUGAUUCGGGAUAUUCCUGAAGAAAUCAAAACAUUGGCUGUUUAUGGUGAUCAAGUGAGAAUUCAGCAGGUCUUGGCUGAUUUCUUAUUGAAUAUGGUACGUUAUGCACCCUCUCCUGAAGGCUGGGUGGAGAUUCAUGUUCUUCCAAUCUUGAAGAAAGUACCUGAUGGAAUCACUCUGGUUCGUACUGAAUUCAGGUUGGUAUGCCCUGGUGAAGGUCUUCCUCCUCAAUUAGUUCAAGACAUGUUCCAUAGCAGUCAAUGGAUGACUCAGGAGGGGCUAGGACUGAGCAUGUGCAGAAAGAUUUUAAAGCUCAUGAAUGGUGAUGUCCAAUAUAUCAGAGAGUCCGAAAGAUGUUAUUUCUUAAUUACUCUCGAGCUUCCUAUGCCUCGGAGACCUACAAAUAGUAGUGACUAGCUGAUCAAACUUCCAAGAAUUUACAGUUUCAACAGGGGAUGCUUCUUAUCCCAAGAACAAACUGCACAGGCACCACCAAAACUGCCGGAUUCUUUUUUACUGUACUAAACAGAACAUAUUUCUUCCCACUUUAGCAAGCGACCCAAGACUGGCGUUGGACAACACCAAUUCAGCUCACCAAGACAUUCGAGCAAGGUAUAGCAGGUAGCCUAAGUGCAGUCUUAAUGAUUUCUCUAAUGCAGUUAAGCCAAACCUUACUGCAUUAAUGCGCUGCUGUGUGUUAUUCAUGGAAAAGGACCGAGAGGGUGCAUUCAAAGGCUCUUCUUGUAGUACUUCUUCCACGCAUGUAUUCUACUCCAUUGUUUGUACUAAAUCGUUUUACACCACUUGUUCUCAAGUGUCUGCGACGAAAGCGUUUUGGUCUUUUCCCUUUAAAUGUAUAAAUCUUCUCCUGUGUAAUAAAGCUGAUGGUCCUCUUCUAGCUGCUGGGUAAAUGUAACAUAAAUUGACUGACGUUAUGUUAUUUAAUUCAUAUAUGAAAUGGUGAUGGGGUGAGUGGAUUGAUGUUUGAGA